CUUAACCAUUUACUUCAACUUCAUGGAAAUUCUUUUAAAUAGAACUUCAAAUGGACAGAAAGUAUUCAUUUUGUUUAACAUUAACUCAACGAUGAAAUCUAUUCACUUAUUUUUCAUUAUUUCUCUGGUUGGCUUCAAUUUGGCUCGAUCAGCACCGAUGGAAGAAAAGCCAGAUUUUUUUGGAAAUAUCGAUUAUAAUCAAGUGGUGAGUCAUAUGAAGGAACUUAUGAUGUAUUUGCCUGUUUUGAUGACAACUGUUAAAGAGACCAUGACUGGAUUUCCGAAAAUUAAUGAAGGUAUUAAUUCAUUGGGUUCAAGGAGACUCUUUUUGGGAUCUGGUCGACAAAAUGAUGGUAAAUGCAGAUGCAAGCAACUUAGCAAACAUCAGAACGAUGCAAGUAUCGAAGAUAUGGGAUAUUAAGAAAUAUUUCAUUUGAUAUUGUUACUUUAAGAAAUACUACGAGAACAUGUAACAUCACAUUAUUAUGUUGGAUCAAUAUUUUUCUUCCUUACAUAAAAAAUUAGUAUAGGCGAAAAAAUCGAACAAA